AUGGUCCUUCCCAGAACUCCCCGCAAUCAAGUGCAGGUGGUGCCACCUCCUCCACCUCCUCCCAUUGAUCGUUCUCCUAUUCCACUGAGUGAUUACACAGAUUACACAGGACAUUAUGAACAUGAACGGGUCAACCUUAAUCCUCCACCUCCACCGCCUCCUCAGGACUAUCAAAACUUACCCCCAGCACCUGCACGGUCACCUUUGCCACCUGUUGUCAAGCCAGCUCAGACACAUUACACCAUCUCUGAAGACGCUAUAGGAGCUAGUAACAGAGAUAAGCUUGCAGCGAUAGAUAAUGGACCUAUUAUACCAAAUGGACCCAAUGCCGGUAUCAACGGCUUCAACAACAACUUCGCACUACCCACUCCCCCAGCUCCCAUACCAUUUCACUACAGAGCGUCUGGAUCGACUCGAGGCUAUCGAAUCCCAACCUUUACCAAGGCCAACAAAGAUCAAAUAGAAACACAGGCAAAGCUUUCAGAGCCAAACGACACUGGGCUUCAGCAUGAAAGUGAGCCAUCAAAUGUGGGAAAGACAACCGAGGCUCAUAGACUUUCUCAAAUACAGGAGGAGGGAUCUCAUGACUCUGCCGAGGUUGUUGGAGAGGAUAUUACUUCCCACCAGAUUCUCGUCGAUGAGAACACAUUGCAGGCAUUAAUCCAACGUGUUGAGGAGUUGGAAGAAGAAAAUGCCACUCUUCGAGAAGACGCGGACAACGCCUCGACUGUUCCCAUGGAAUUGCCUGCCAAAGUUCAGCUCUUCUAUUGCCUAGAAAGAAUCGAGCUCGAUGACGACAGUGUCGACGAAAGAAGUCGGACAGUUUAUCUUUCUCCUCCUGAAUGGGUAGUGUUUGGCGAUGAUGUCGACCUCAGGGGCCGAUUCCCAAUCACAGACCCCGGUGACUACGCUGAAGAACAAGGCGCAUCACUCAUUGUUUACAAGUAUUACUCGGUGGACUACCAAUACGACGCGGUAAAUGCAGCCAAGAGAGCAAAGCAACCGCUUCCCGAACCAGAACCAGCCAGCCAGGAUGUCGUUUUAGUGACGGAAGAAAUGGUUGAGGCAGUUGAAGCCUUAUUCGACCUAUUCCCCUCAUUCAGCGACGACUUUCCGUAUGUCUACGAGAUGGGCAGUUUGAAAGACCCUCACCUCUGGUGGUAUCACUGCCGAACUAGCUUCAAGAUGGAAGCCUUGUCAGAGAGACACGCCCAAUUAGUUGGACUUCUCGUUGAAUGGAUCGAAAGUAACUUCGCACCGCUUUACGAUCAGAUCGACGAUCAAUUCAAGAGAGGAAAAGUCUCAAGCGAUUCCAUUGAGUUCUUGAUACGGCCAGGAGAUACGCUCGUCGCAGACAAGAAUGGCAGAUAUAGUGGGCGCGUUGCUACCACUCGACCGGCCCCUCACAAACAGAAGAAGAAAACGGAUGAUUCAGAUAAGGACCAAGAGAAACAGGGCACACACACGUGGAUUGUGGAAACACGUUCUUACGGAUAUGCAGGAAAGUUCUUUGCAGUUGAUAAAGAGCUGUUCAUCGACUUUCCACCCAAAUACAGAGGUGGGGAGAUCAACAUCACGGAUCUCAACGUUAUACCAUUGUCAUAUGCAAAGCCGAAGGUAAAAGAGAUACUUCUGCAGCGAGGCAAGAGGUUUUGGAAGUUGCGCGAGAAAACUCUCAUCUCAUAUGAAGGCAGUGAUUCUGAUAGGAUACAAGCGGGACAACGUUUUAUGGUGGACUUUGAUACCUAUAAGGAACUCCAUCCAGGAAGCAGUUACAUGAGACAAGAAGGUUAUAUAUCAGGCCGAAAACCCAACUUGCCCAAGGAUGGAAGCGAGCCUGAGGAGCCAGAGAUUUACUUGUUCCCGAAACUGAUUCCGGGGUUUGACUUGCGGCGUAAAAAAUGGGUUGAUCUCGAGGUCGAUCGAAUUCGGGACGUCAGUUGGAACAAGGAGGCUUUCAAAAGUCUCGUAGCAGACGAAGCUAUGAAGGAGCUUGUACUAGCUCUAGUGACCAACCAACUCGACGCCGAGAAAAACACAGAUCUUAUCGAAAGCAAAGGAAGUGGUCUCAUCAUGCUCCUACACGGGUCGCCAGGAACAGGCAAGACAUUUACAGCCGAGUCUGUGGCCGAAAUAGCCAAGAAGCCUUUAUAUCCAGUUACGUGCGGAGAUAUCGGCACUGAACCUGCAGACGUGGAGAAGUAUCUCGAAUCUGUGUUUCAUCUAGGGAAGGUCUGGGACUGUGUUGUCCUUCUUGAUGAAGCAGAGGUCUUUCUUGAACAGCGUACUUUGCAAGAUUUGAAGAGAAAUGCCUUGGUGUCAGUAUUCCUUCGAGCUUUGGAGUACUAUGAGGGUAUUCUCAUCUUAACAACUAACCGCGUGGGGACAUUUGACGAGGCCUUCAAAUCACGUAUCCAGCUGGCUCUACGGUACGAGAAGUUGAAGGACUACCAGCGGCUGCAAAUCUGGAAGAACUUCCUAGUAAGGUUGAAGAGUCUAGGUGAGGAAGAAAGUAUCGACUUUGAUGAUAUUGAGUUGUAUCUGGAAGAGUUGGCAAAGUAUCCUAUGAACGGACGACAAAUUCGUAAUUCUAUUACAACGGGACGACAGUUGGCCAAGUAUAAGAGGAAGAGGAUGACGUUUGCGCAUUUGAAGAGAGCGAUUGAUGUUGCGGAUAAGUUUGAUAGGUAUUUGGCUGAUGUUCAGGAGGGUGAUAUGGAGGAGUUUAGUGGGAGGGGGGAGAAUGGGCGAUAUACACCUGAGUAUCUUGCCAGGGCUGAUCAAAUCCGAUGA